AUGGAAAAGCCACCGACCUUGGACCCAUACGACGGGACUACCGAUCCCGACGAUCACAUCAGGAACAUUGAAGCCGUAAUGGAGUACCAUAUCGUCCACGGAUCCAUCAAAUGUCGGAUUUUCCCGACAACCCUCAGGAAAGGGGCGAUGACCUGGUACAGAAAUCUUCCACCCAAUUUCGUCCACUCCUGGGCCGAACUCAAGGAACUCUUCUUGAGCCAUUUCACCGCUUCUCGUCGACAGCCGAAAUCUGAAGCAAACCUCGAAGCUGUUGUCCAAGGCACCAACGAGCCUCUCCGGGAUUACCUCGACAGGUUCAACAGAGAGGCCGUCCAGGUGCAGACGACCGACUACAUGAAGAGGUACCUCCUCGAGAGAGGGCUCAUCCCCGUAAGCGAAUUCAAGAAGGCCAUAAAGAUAGAGAAAUUACGUUCCAUGAACGACAUUCUCAAAAGGGCCCAAGCUUUCAUUUCUUUCGAAGAGGGAGAAGCUGCCGCCAUUAAAGCCUCUAGGGGAAAUGACGUUGCUCGGGGUUCAAGCCAGGACCAAUCGGCUACGCGCCGGACAAAUGAUAAAAGGAGGGACGACAGACCCCACGACGCAAAGGAGCGCAGGGGGCCAGCAGGUCGGUUCAACGACUAUACCCCUCUGAACGCCUCACGCGAGAAGAUCUUGGCCGAAUGCAAAAGCACCGAGUUCAAGAACUCCAACAUCAGGCCCCCAAAGUCAAAUCCCACUAGGCCGGGGACUGACAAAUCCAAAUACUGCAAGUAUCACAAGAGUCACGGGCAUCUGACCGAGGAGUGCAUACACCUUAAAGAUGCCAUAGAGACGCUGAUCAAAGAAGGUCACCUUUCGAAAUACACAAAGAAAGGAGACCCGCCCAGAAGGAACGACCGUCGAAGCUCCGACGAGGGCAACUCGCCUAACACCAGGCCGCUGCAGGUAGCACUAUCUGUCACCGACCUGAGGACUUCAUACCCUCGGUCGGAGUGA